CGGGGGACCGCCCCUGGCCCCCGCUGGGUCCGCGCACAGGGAGCGCACUGGCCCUUUAAGAGCGGCGGCGACCGCGCGCGGGGAGGAGGGCUGGGAGCGCCCGAGCCGCUCCGAACUCGCCGGGGUCGUCGGGCGCCCGCUCCCUGGCUCGCGCCUUCGCUCCGGACGGCUGCCGGCGCCUCCUCUCGGGACUGCGCGGGGACCCCUGCCCGGUUGGGCGCGGCGGCGAGCAGAGUCCGCCGGGCGGGCGGGAGGCGCGCGCUCCGGGCAUGGACAGAGGGAGCCGGGGGCGCAGGGGGCGCCGCGGGAUCGGGCGGCCGGAGCGCUGAGCCAGACAAAAGGCUCAGGAGUUGCGCUCGCUCUCGGGAGCCAGGCCGCCGGCGCCGGGUGCCGAGGCGGCGGGACCCCGCAGCGGAAGGCUCCGGCUGGUCCCCUCUCCCGCGAGCCGACUCCGCGCGCCCCGGCCGCUUCUCCCCGGGCUUGGGAAUUUGCCGAAGGGGCCUAAGCGGCCGGGAGCCAGGGAGCCAGGGAGCGUCGCAAGUUUCCGAGCCCCUCGCGGGGACCCGGCGCCCGCCAGGCAGCGCGUCCUGCGUGCAGUGGUGCAGACUCGGCCGGGCGCCGGGAGCAUGGGCAGCGACCGGAGUGCGCCCGGGCGGCCGAGCUCGGCGGGCAGCCUCCUCGGCGGCCGAGAGGCGGCGGCGCGGCCGCGAUUGCUGCCGCUGCUGCUGGUGUUUCUGAGCUGUCUGGGCCGCGGCGCCGCGGCGGAGGAUUCUGAAGUCAACGCCGAGAACUGGCUGCGGCUCUAUGGCUACCUGCCCCAGCCCAGCCGCCACAUGUCCACCAUGCGCUCCGCCCAGAUCCUGGCCUCGGCCCUGGCCGAGAUGCAGCGCUUCUACGGGAUCCCUGUCACGGGCGUGCUCGACGAAGAGACCAAGGCGUGGAUGAAGCGGCCCCGCUGUGGGGUGCCGGACCAGUUUGGGGUGCGGGUGAAAGCCAAUCUGCGGCGGCGGCGAAAGCGCUACGCCCUCACAGGGAGGAAGUGGAACAGCCACCACCUGACCUUCAGCAUCCAGAACUACACUGAGAAGCUGGGCUGGUACCACUCGCUGGAAGCGGUUCGCAGGGCCUUCCGCGUGUGGGAGCAGGCCACGCCCCUGGCCUUCCGGGAGGUGCCCUACGAGGACAUCCGGCUGCGGCGGCAGAAGGAGGCCGACGUCAUGGUCCUCUUUGCCUCCGGCUUCCACGGUGACAGCUCCCCGUUUGACGGCACGGGCGGCUUUCUGGCCCACGCCUACUUCCCCGGCCCUGGCCUGGGUGGGGACACUCAUUUCGACGCAGAUGAGCCCUGGACCUUCUCCAGCACUGACCUGCAUGGGAAUAGCCUCUUCCUGGUGGCGGUGCACGAGCUGGGUCACGCGCUGGGGCUGGAGCACUCAAGCAAUCCCAGUGCCAUCAUGGCACCUUUCUACCAGUGGAUGGACACAGACAACUUCCAGCUGCCUGAGGAUGACCUUCGGGGCAUCCAGCAGCUCUACGGUGAGAGGGGCACCCCGGAUGGGCAGCCACAGCCCACCCGGCCCCUCCCCACCGUGACGCCCCGGCGGCCAGGCCGGCCAGACCACCAGCCCCCACGGCACCCCCAGCCACCACCCCCAGGCGGGAAGCCAGAGCGGCCUCCAAAGCCAGGCCCCCCGGCCCAGCCCCGAGCCACGGAGCGGCCCGACCAAUAUGGCCCCAACAUCUGUGACGGGGACUUUGACACAGUGGCUGUGCUGCGGGGGGAGAUGUUCGUGUUCAAGGGCCGCUGGUUCUGGCGGGUGCGGCACAACCGUGUCCUGGACAACUACCCCAUGCCCAUCGGGCACUUCUGGCGUGGCCUGCCCGGCGACAUCAGUGCUGCCUACGAGCGCCAGGACGGUCGUUUUGUCUUCUUCAAGGGUGACCGCUACUGGCUCUUCCGAGAAGCCAACCUGGAGCCCGGCUACCCACAGCCACUGACCAGCUAUGGCCUGGACAUCCCCUAUGACCACAUCGACACAGCCAUCUGGUGGGAGCCCACGGGUCACACCUUCUUCUUCCAAGAGGACAGGUACUGGCGCUUCAAUGAGGAGACGCAGCGAGGAGACCCUGGGUACCCCAAGCCCAUCAGCGUCUGGCAGGGGAUCCCCACCUCCCCCAAAGGGGCCUUCCUGAGCAACGACGCAGCCUAUACCUACUUCUACAAGGGCACCAAAUACUGGAAAUUCGACAACGAGCGCCUGCGAAUGGAGCCCGGCUACCCCAAGUCCAUCCUGCGGGACUUCAUGGGCUGCCAAGAGCACGUGGAGCCCGGGCCGCGCUGGCCCGACGUGGCCCGCCAGCCCUUCAACCCCGACGGGGGCCCCGGGACGGGUGCUGACAGCGAGGAGGAGGGCGAGGCGGCGGGGCCUGGCCCGGCCGGCGGGGAGGGGGAUUUCGGGACCGGCGCCGACGAGGACGGGGGCAGCCGCGUGGUGGUGCAGAUGGACGAAGUGGCGCGGACCGUGAGCGUGGUGAUGGUGCUGGUGCCCCUGGGGCUGCUGCUCUGCAUCCUGGGCCUCACCUACGCACUGGUGCAGAUGCAGCGCAAGGGCGCGCCGCGCAUGCUCCUCUACUGCAAGCGCUCCCUGCAGGAGUGGGUCUGAGCCCCGCCGCCCCGCGCCUGCGCCCUCGGUGCUCGGCCCGGCUGGUUCUGAGACGGCUCCUCGGGCGCCCCAGCAAGAGCGUUCGGUGGCGCCGUCAGCCCCUGGACCGGCGCCUUCCGGGCCCUCAAAUAAUCCCCAGCCCAACCCCGCCAUUGUUUAUUUAUGCCCAGGUAUCCUUUUUCUUUUUUUCCUUUUCUUCCUUUCUUUCUAAGCACAGUAACUGAGCAUUUGUUUCUGCUUUCCUGACCAAGGGCAGUCCUUGCGUCCCCACCCAGGCCAGGCGAGUUAGGGUUUUCCAACUGUAGUUCUGCUCCAGCCAGGGAAUUAGGUCCUCCUCCACCUCUGGUUUGGUGGCAGCCAGAGGAUCGGAGGCACCGAAAGCCCAGGUUGGAAGAAGGGGCCGCCCUGGGACCGCGUGGAGAAGAGGGAGGUCUGGGGCUGCCCCCACCUGAAUGUCUGCUUUAAGAAGAGCUUCCCACCGGGGGCAGCCCCAGGCUGGAGGUGAGGGGUAGAGGGCUGGCCCAGGGACCUUGGAGUCCCUGUGGAGGCUUGGUUCCUUCCCACCCCACCGCUGGCAGCCCCCAGGGACCCCUGGAGCCUACCUACACCUCCCCACUCUCUGGAGAUGGGUCCUGGGCCUGCCUUACCAAGGACCAAAGGGGUCUGCUGAGGGGUCCUCCCCGCCCCCCAAGAGGUAGCACUGAUCUAGCCCCCCUGGAUGGACUUCAAACCUUCUGUCAACUUUCCCCUCUCUGAGCUCCAACCCACCUGGGCUCCUUCCCUGCACUUCCUCCCACCCUCUCCCCAUGGACACCCACAGUCCUCGGGGGUCUCAGAGCUCUGCCAGCCUCAGGCUCCAGCUGCCAGUGUCCCAACUCCCCCAGGGGCAGGGACCCUGUGCGCAACUGUUUGGGUGCCUCCAGCUCACCACACACCAGAUUCGGGGGAGUUCUCCCUUCCAGCCCCUUACCCCAACGGGACUGGAAGGAGAGACACUGGUAGAGGCCAGUGACUUGUCCCCACACAGACCGGGACAGCUGUGGAACCCCCAAAGCAGCAGGUCCCAGUCGUAGAGAUCCUCCACCCUGGGCUGAGCCCUGAGGGCUGAGAUACUUCCUUCCUCUUUUCCUUCCCAAAUUAAAGAUGAGGUCGAGGCUGCUGUGGGAAAUGGUACUGUACAGCUGGCUCUGUCCCCUCUGCUUCCCGGCAUCCCUUAGCAAACAGGUGCUGUGCCCAGCAUCCCGAGGCCCCUGGGUGGGGGGAGUUCCACUGGCCUCCCUCCAUGCGGCGGCCUCUCCUAGGCUGGCGCGGACUUGGAUCCUGCAGCUUUCUUCACCACCUCCCCAGAACCCAGCCGGGGGCAGGGUGGGGCCCAGCGCCCAUCCCCCCACGUUUAUUUCUGUAAAUAAUCUGCACUGAUUAAAUUGUACAGCCGGCAA